AUGGCAAAAGGUUCAGCUUUAGCAUCCAUCCAAAUUACCCUUGUGCUAUUACUAGCAAUCUUUGUUUGUUUAGAAGCUGAUCUUCUUGGACCUUACGGUUGCUGCCGUGGAAAGGAAACAAAUAUUACUGUGUACCUUCAAGUGUUUACGGGCGGACCAAAUACCACCAGUGUUGCAGUUGCCGGCGCCCCUGCUAGCCUUUCAACAUACAAAAUGGCAAAAGGUUCAGCUUUAGCAUCCAUCCAAAUUUCCCUUGUGCUAUUACUAGCAAUCUUUGUUUGUUCAGAAGCUGAUCUUCUUGGACCUUACGGUUGCUGCCGUGGAAAGGAAACAAAUACUACUGUGUACCUUCAAGUGUUUACGGGCGGACCAAAAACCACCAGUGUUGCAGUUGCCGGCGCCCCUGGUAUGCCGAGAACUCCCACCAAUUUUGGAACCAUUAUUGUUAAUGAUGCUAACAUGACACAAGGCAUCAGCAACAAUUCUCCAACUAUUGGUCGGGCCCAAGGCAUUUAUAUAGCUUCAUCCCGUGAUGGAUCAAGCUCACUGGGCAUAUUUUCUCUCAUUUUCUCCAACCCCCAAUACAACGGGAGCACAUUGGAAUUCGACGGACCAGGAUAUAACUUACAAGUAGGUGGUACGGCGAGAGAAGUUCCAAUAGUUGGUGGCACCAAAACGUUUAGGCUUGCUCGGGGAUAUGGAUAUUUUCAGACAGUUCUGCAAAAUCCGGCACAGAAUAAAACGGUUAUAAGGGGCGAUAUUACCGUAAUCCAAUGCCCAGGAGGAGGGAAAGUUUGA